AUGCAGGUUGAAAGUGCAACGAAAUGGCGUGUUCCACCGCUGGACCUGUCCGCUGUCAGUGUGCUCACGAACGAGACGGAACGGCGCUGGAACCACGGUACCAAUGGCAAUGGUGGCGGCGGUACUACGAACCUUAACGGCCGCGAAUCAAAUGCCAGCUCGCAGACAAACAUCAAGAAGAUCCAGUACGGUGCGGACGGAUUGCCGAUCGAUCCACGUGACUGGACGCGGGCGAACGUGUGGACUUGGCUAAUCAAUUUGGCCCAGUCGGAAGGUUUGGACAUCAGCCCCGAACUGGCACAGAAGUUCCCCAUGAAUGGAAAGGCCCUCUGCCUGAUGAGUCUCGACAUGUACCUGAGCCGAGUGCCGAUCGGUGGCAAGAUGCUAUACCGUGACUUCCGGGUCCGACUGGCAAGGGCCAUGAGCUUAUGAGCACCCGCGCUCGGGCAUCUGAGCCAGCCAUGAACGGCCGAAGAACUGACAAUAAUAUACUACUAGAAGAGCAUAAGCACUAGCGCUAGUGAAUUGUGGGGCAAAUCUAGCCGCUUGGGGCGCGUUUAAUUUAUCGUUCUAUAAAUAGCACCUAGUUACCAUAAGCUAGCUCUCCAAAGUGGCUUUAUUUUACAUUGCUUCUGUUUUUUUUGCACAGUUUUCCAAGCGUUUCAACCGGAAGAGUAGUAAUUCGACGACAGCAACACCAAAACCUACAACUUAGGCAAAGUAAUAGCAAUGGAAAGGUAUUUUAAGUGUACAAUUAUACCGGGGUACCGUGAGCUUAGUAUGAACCGUUUUGGGAUCUUUUGGAAACAUUAUUGUAAUUUAAUAAAAAAGGGACUCCAGCGCUGUGGUUAGGCCGCGUUCAUCAUUAUCACAAAGGCACAAUAUUCACUCAUUUUUGAGCACAC